GUACCUUGGAGGUCAGCCCAACUGAAAUGACACCAUCAGCGAGGACCGUGCUCAGCACUUACCGCUUAUUUUUUGAAAAUUCAUUGUGAAUUGUCAUUGCGAUACGAACGGAUCGUCUGCAUCUUCUGCAUCGACUGGAAUUGUCAAAAUUGCAUAAUUUUUGAUACUUUUGCUGUUCAAAACAAAAACAAAUCUGCACAAACAUAAAAAGCAAACGAAAUGCUUUUAAAGCAAGGUUUUGCGUUCCAAAAUAUUUUGCGUCACUGUCGAUUUGUGACUCGGUACGCUUCAACAAAAUCGCAAGAAAAGACAGAAAAUGAAUUCAAAUCCGGGAAGAAAAUGUGCGGCUGGCAAAUUCAUUCGUACAGCGAUGGCAUCCAAUUUUCGGAUAACAUUAGGAUACCGACAAUCAAGGAAUCAAAUGAAUUGCUGGUCAAAGUGAGCUCGACGUCUGUGAAUCCAAUCGAUGUUCAAAUGGUAGGUGGAUAUGGUGCUACCACAUUCAAUGCUUUACGCUGCAAUCGGGACACUAUUGAGUUUCCCCUGACUAUGGGAAGAGAUUUUAGCGGAACCGUUGUUUACAAAGGCAUGGGAGUUCGAAAUAGUAUCCAAUUGAGCGACAAGGUCUGGGGUGUUGUUCCCAUUCAUCGCAACGGUUGUCAUUCGGAAUUCGUUGCAGUCGAUGCAGAUUAUGUUACUCACCAACCACAGAAACUGUCUGAUACUGACGCGGCAGCUGUCUUAUACGCUGGUUUGACUGCUUGGUCGGGACUGUUUCUGUCGGGACAAUUGGGUGGUUUAUCCGGUGCGUUAACAUCACAUGGUGGUGGACGAGGAAAGAGAGUCUGUAUAUUGGGUGCAUCUGGUGGUGUCGGCAGUAUUGCCGUACAAAUUGCUAAAGCUGAAGGCGCAGAGGUUGUUGCAACUUGUGCCACCGAUGCAAUUCCACAAAUUCAAGCCUUGGGUGUGAGUCAUGUUGUGGACUAUACGAGCUCAGAUGCAUCGAACGAUUUGACCCAAUACGGACCGUACGACAUAAUUUUGGAUUGCGCCGGCAAGGGAUCACUGCAUGCCGCAGAAAUUCCGUGGCGAUACAAACAUUAUGUGACAUUCAGCUCGCCAACUCUGAAAAACAUUGAUGCAAUGGGAUUGGCGUGUGGUUCGGCGAAAAAUCUUUUCGAACUCGUCCAAGAAAAUAUCAAAUCAUUGACAACGCAACAGGGUUUCGUUAAAUGGGCAUAUUUCGUGCCGGCUCCGCACGGAAUCGAUUAUCUGAAAAAUUUGGUCGAUCGGAACAAGUUGCUGCCGAUUGUCGAAAAGGUCUACGAUUUUAAGGAAGCCGAUCAAGCUUAUAAACGAGUUGCCGAGGGACAUUUACGCGGAAAAAUUGUGUUGAAUGUGGCGUAAAAUACCCGUUAUAUUCACCGUAUUGUUUGUUCAACAAAUUUUGUUGCUUUAUUGUUUGAAAUAUAAUCAUUUGCAAUGACUUACUGCAG